CAAGGGCAAUUAAUGUUAAGCAACCGGUCUUUCCAUAGCGAGUAAGACAGAGCGCCCACAACGGCUUUAUCUGUUGGUGCUCUUUCCUCGAAUCAGCUGCUUGCCGAAUCCACUCUCUACAUCUACAUGCACAUACAUCCAGAAGGAAUAGUCUAACGUUCACAGUAAUCAUCGUUCAUUGAGCUCCUCACUGUGGAGAUAGCGUUCAAAGCAUCAUUUCAGCACUCAUAUCUUAGUUCUGAAGCAGUGCUUGUGAAGGAUGAAGCAAGUUCAAGGCGUGUUAGCUUUCGACUUUGACGAUACCCUGAUCACCAAUGUCCCGGAAGAGACAAUUCUCCGAUGGUGUGCCAAGUUCACAGAGCCUGGGGAUCUACCCAAACCAUCCAUGUACAUGAAGGACAUUGUUGACUAUCAAAACGACGUCUUCAGCCUAGUCUUCAAAAAGGGCAAAACCAUUCAGGAUAUCUUAAACCAAGUAGAUUUCAAGUACAUGUCCCCAGGAAUGAUCCCGCUUAUAGAGGAAGUGAGAUCACGACUGGGCUUCAAAAUCAUGAUUGUAACUGACAAUAAUUCGGUGGUAUUGGAACAUUCGUUGAAAAGCCUCGGUGUUGCUCACCUAAUUGAUGAAAUUGUGGUCAAUCCAGCAAAGAUUAACCCUCAAGGCCAACUUGUCGUGUCACCAUGGCAAAUUCAAGAUCAUUGCCCACUAAGCUUUAGAAAUCUUUGUAAAGGACAGGCAUUAUUUGAAUACGUGGAAAAACUAGAGAAGAAUAGUGGACGGAAAGUGGAUUUCGUCGGAUAUUGCGGAGACAAUCGGAACGACGUAUGCCCUGCCUUAAGGCUUAGAGCGGGUGACAUUGUAUUCCCACGGGCAGGGCAUCCUUUGGUUCAGUUCCUGGAAGACAAACAGUCAGAGAUGAAGGCCGAUAUCGUCCCAUGGUCCACGGGGCAGGAUAUCUUGAAUGCCAUUGACGCGAAAUUGAAAACUCUCUCAUGAUUUCUGGCAACCAGUUGGUGUGUACACUCGUGAGCAUACGCUGAUCUUCACCGGCUCUUGUGAAAUAAGAAACAACACAACCUCUUAAAACUCUUCGGCGAAAAGUGAGGGGGAACGAUGAGAGCGUAAAGAUUGAGGCCAACAACAUUACCAACAUAUAUAGCCUUAUUGAACUUAUUAACAUCACGAAAGAUUCGUUGACCUUUGACUUUUAAUUAUGUAAUUCAAAAAGAGAAAAUGAUGCCCUGCAUUA